AUGGAGGGAGGACUACGUUUGCGGCCCGUAAUCAUAUUUUCACUGCUAACGUUUUGCGCGUCCACCGACGUAAUGAAAUUUCAAGUUUUUGAAGAACAAGACGAAGGAACUUUCGUGGGAGACAUGUCUGAGAGUCGCAUGGUCAGAACAUUGUCCGAGAAUGAAAACUUAAAAGGAGAGCUUCGAUUCCAGUUUCAAGGAUCUCUCCAAACGUCAUUUAAAAUCGACGAAACCACAGGAAUUAUUCGAACUGCUGCUAAGUUAGACCGCGAAAACUUGUCUCUUGAGAAUGACGAUGAUACAUUUCAGAUUCAAGUGAAGGUUUCAAAAGGACCUGUAAUGCUACCUCUACCGACAGAAAUAAAAGUAUUAGACGUCAACGAUCACAGCCCUAUUUUUGCGGGGAAGAUUGAAAAUAUAUCGGUUUCCGAGUCUGCUCCGUUGGGUGCCGAAUUCCCCGUGACAGUAGCAGAAGAUACCGACAUUGGCAACUAUUCCGUUGAAAGCUACGAGAUUGUGAAGAGAAAUGACAGUGACACUUUUGAUCUAGUACUCUCGAAACCAACUUCAGAGAUCACGAAGCUUAAACUCGUGGUUUCGAAAAGGCUUGACCGAGAAAUUAAUGAAAGCUUUUUCUUGGAGAUCGAAGCAAGAGAUGGAGGAAGCCCGCGCAAAGUUGGUCGCAAAGGAAUACGAAUUACAGUCUUGGAUUCGAACGAUCAUAUCCCGAAGUUUAGCCAGAAUCUCUAUGUCGGGGAAGUGAGAGAAAAUUCUCCAGCAGGAACGUUGGUGUUAAAUGUGACCGCGACAGAUAAAGACAUCGGCACCAACGGAGAGAUUGCCUAUUCUCUCAAUUCUCGACGUCAAUAUAAAGACUUAUUCAGUUUAGAUGCACGAACUGGCGAGUUACGAACAAAAGCUAUUUUGGAUUAUGAGCGCUUUAAGGAUUACCAAUUGGAAGUGACAGCAAGAGACAGAGGGCCGGAUUCAAUUCCAACAACUUCUUAUGUCAACGUGAAGGUUAGUGCAUGUGCAUUAAGUUGAAUUAAAUUUUUCCUUCAAGGAGCUCCCUAUCAUGAAAGUCAACGGUCUUUCAUUUUAUCCAUAACUCCAUAAUGUCGUGAUAAAGUUAAUAGCGCGGAGAUAAAUAGCUACUUCGAAAUUUAUUGUGUAUCAUUAUGGUAGUAUAAAUACCAGUUUGACUUCUAGGGCUUGGUGAGUCCAUGAUGAAAUUUACACAUGGAUUUGCACUUGAACUCAACACCUAUUGACAAGCAAACCACAGAGCUAAUGAAAGCUAAGAAAGACGCGCUGAAAGUGCUUUCAUCGUUCCUAAACCGCAGAAUGGAAAGAAAUAUUUAUUGCUUGGCUUCAAUUAAAUACGGAUUUUCUAAUUCUAUCUCUUUUCUAAUUUUUAAUACACUACACGGCUUUGGGAGCCGAAAUUAAUUAAGGUUCCUUGUUAAAACUGCGAAGCAACUUUACCGAGACAAACAAUGAGCUCUAUAGUUUUCUAGAAAUCUGCCACAAAAAAGCUUGCCGCCUUCGCGUGAAAUGUGGCACUUAGCGCUAUUAACUCUUCGCUGCGAUAUGGCAAAGAUUAUUGCUUUUUCAAAUUACAUCAUAUUAUAUUUUCAAUUCUGUUAUCGUUCACAGACAACUCAGAAUAUUUUUAGGCAAUGUUUGUAUUGAAAUCUUGACUUUCUGUAUUGCUUUUAUCGAGUGUUACAGUUCGAUCCCUUUGUUAGACUUUUUUAAACACCUUUGUGGUUAGCGAGUAUACUAUUUCUAAAUGCUUUGAUUCAGGAGAAAAAUAAUUAGUUUUGUUUUUCAUUGAUGGAGAUAAACAUCAGUCGCUGAUGAACCCUUAUCAUAUAAGUCCCUAUUAUUCCCUGCUGUGAAUUCAAUGAUGUGAACUUGUUAGCCACAAUACAGUUUUGUGCCCACCCAGUCAAGCCUUGUCACGCCGAUUAAGGACUAAUGCCUUGACGUAUGAAGUAUCUCUUAGCUUAAACGCUCAAAAGGUUUAAAGAAUCAGCAAUCGUUUUUAUCGCUUUGUGUUUAUUCCGUAGAAAGACUUCUAUACUGUAAUGGAUCGCGGUUUUCGGAUGAAAACUGUCGUGGUUGCUUCACGCUUCGCUUCCGUUUUCACAAAGGUCCACUAUCGUUUCUUCUGUGAUUGACACUACUGUUUCCAAAGGCUUUACCACGGCGCUUUAAUCCUAAGUGACAGCCUACUUCGGAUUUGCAUAUGUUCUAAAAAGACCCAUUCAGUUCGUCGUGUUUUUAUUUGCAAAUAAUUUAAAAUAAAGUAAAUAUUCCCAACCGGGGAACUCACGUCUUUGUUCAAUAUUUGCAAGGCGUUUUCCUGUACUAAAAGCCUCUGAAAUUGGAACCAUUUUAUCUAAAAAGGGUAGCAUUCACUUUGUACUCGUUAGUGUACUCUUCAGAUGUGAUCGUGGACGGCAGCUGCCACGUUAUCUUUCGAUCAAUCUUUCCUCGUGUGAGGCCCUCCACGCAUGCAUUCCAGCUAGGAUCUGGUAGCGAGCAGUUGGGCGAAAGCGCAAAACAUCCGCGCCAACUUGAAGUGGAUUAAAUAAAUUUCACCAGUAUAUUCAAAUUUGCUAGGACGCAAUUAAAAACUAGCAUGCUUUUCCGGAAAUCGAGGAUGUUUCUUAAUCCUCUUGUUUCGUGGGGGUAUUUGAUGUGUAGACCAAAAUCCUUCAAAUGUUGUCAGCACAAAAAUGCUUGUUUACAUUUUAGGGAAAAGUGGAGUAACCUUCAAGGACUCCAGCGUUGUUCGGGCAGUCUUCAAUGAAGUAUUUAUUUUGUGGCUUUGAAAAGAUGUCAGCUGUUUAUGUCAAAAAGUGUGUACUUUGUGGGGUGUCUUUUUGUCUAAGAAUUGUCAAACUCCAAACUAAAAGAAAGACAUGAAAGAAGUUGCGACAGUGGGGGCCAUUUUUCACGCUUGCACUUUUCUUUUUCAUGGAAUUUUCGUUUUGAAUUUAACUCAAUAUCAAUAUGUGUUAUUUUUUCAGAGAAGUAUAUUUGUAGUUUUGUUUUGCAAAACCACGUGCUGAUUUGCCGAUGUAUUUAAUCCAUGUUGAUUUCAUUCACCUCCUCAUGUUUAAAAUUCAAUGAUGUAAACAGCAUGUGAUCCUUAAAUUUGAAAACUUUUUGUCGUAUUUAUGUAUUGGGUUUACCAAAUGUCUCCCUAAGUUCUAUGUUUACUGUUGAGAAUGCACUAGAAAAAGGGUGGGAAAGUUCAAAGAUAUCUAGACGAGUUUAUGUUUGUAAUGGAUUGAUCGUCGACGGCUGUCAAAGGAAUGAAAUUAGUAUAUUGCUGAUGAGUGAAACCUACACACGAUCGCCCGCCAAAGCGGAAGUGAAGUCAAAUUUCUACAACAAAAAAACGUCAGGCGUCAAAUUCAAGCCCUGUAUGUGUUGUAUGUUGCGCGUGGAAAAAAUCCUUAUUUUUUCAUGAAAAAUACGUGUUUUUUUUUUCUUUUUUUGCUGUCCAAAGAGUCAUUUUUUUUUGUCUUUUUCGUGUGCGCAAGGUUUGAAAAACGAAAAGAUUUUACUUUGACAGUAUCCUGCAAGUCUUCCAACACAGCUGUUAUGAAGAUGUCGCCUAUAGAGCUGACUUUCAUAGCGCCCCAUGCUAUUUAAAAAUCUCUUCAGUAGUUAGCGAUUAAGUUGUGACCAAUCAUGUCUUCUGGAUAUGUGCUUUUGAAAAAAACGGAAACAUCUUAAAGAGAGAGCUCAAUUAAUGAAAGUUUUUAAGGACAUUUGGGGUGUUUUUUGGUCACACAAACCGCUGGGUACAUGGUACGUGCUCUAGCUGCACAUAGAUAGCAUGUUUAAGAAUCAUUCGUUUCCGAUUCUUUCUUUCACGUCUUAACCAAUCAUUGUAUCUUAGUUACGCAGCUUUCCCUCAGGCAAAUUCAUGAAAGUAAAAAGCUGCGAUUUAGGAUGUUUUUACACCAAAGGCUGUGUGAUUUUAGUUUCUGAGUCGACAAAUACUUUGAGUUUUGCCCAGCCUGUUUCCAAAAGGUUACGGUUUCUCUGUGACCUUGAAUAAAUUGAAGCGAACGCCGAACCAAUGCAUUGUUUUCCAAAUAAUUACCUUUUCCAAAAUAGAAAUUCCUAAGAACCUUUGUUUUUUUUUGUUAAACGAACAAUACAUUAUGAUGUGACUCAACCGCUCCGACCGCAAUUUAUAUUCUGGAGCAUUCAGCCGAAACAGUCCAAAUUCGUUCGUGUAUAUUGGUUUAGCCGGACAGAUGUCUGAUUUGUCUAGAGUUUGUAUCAUGUAUGUUGAGAAUUGACGUUAUUGAAAACAGAGCUGGUCGGUAAAUUUUUUGAACAAGUAGAUAUGUGACCACGAAUUGGAAAGAUCAUAAAACAACAUUCCAGAGUUAUGCUCAAAUUUAAGACCUAGUUCGCGAAAUUAUACGGUGACGUUUGACUUGGGUUUUUUUUUAUCCUUUUUUGCCCAGUGUUUCAAUAAAUGCGCUUAGCUUCGCGCCGGACAACGAAGAUCAGCUGCGAGUUUUCAUGGCCUUAUGCCGUGAAGUACACCCACGCAAAGAAACAGACCCCUUCAUCGUGUCGUGUCAGUCACGCUUCACGGGCGACAAUGGCCUUUUUUUUAAUUUUUCGAGAAAGUUUUGUGUUAAUCAGUUCUUAACAAUCUACCCGCUCCAUAGGGCAAUUUUGAUAUUGCGUCUAGCAUCAUUGGAAUGUUUUCGAUAAAAACUAAUUCACGUUGGAAAGAGAUUGAACGUAGAUUUAAUUUCAUAAGCCUUUACUGAGAAUGAUUCAAUCAUAAUCUGUGUCUUUCUAAUCUAUUUUUCCCCCCAUUUUUCAUCCUAAUUAUUUUCCGCCCGAAAAAGCCCGAUGUUUACUUUCCGCUAGGCUUUUCGUGCAAAUCGGAUUGGAGUUUUGAACUUGGUGGAAAUUGUCUCCCCAUGUGGGGUAGUUCUCGGAAAUAUAGAAUGGGAUAUUAACAAGAAAUCGUCGUUCGAUCUGCUUGUAAAGGGAUUUCCUUCCAUUUCAAUUUCUUAUGCGUAGAGACAUGAGGGUAAAAGGCGCGUUAAAUCUCGGCUUGGUAAAAGAAAAAAAUAAUAAGCUGAGUGAGUUAACAAAAUAUCAAGUUAUAAAAUAACAUUCAAACUAAGGGACAGCCUGGGUUCAAAGGAAAAUGAAAUUAAAAUAGUUUUGCGUGUUUUCGAUGUGUAGUUAAUACCCGGAAGUAUUGGUGUGAGCCUAUUAUACUUACGCCAAUAAGAGCUAAAAGAUGGAUUAGUUGCAUACUGGGUUCUGAAGUAACUUCUUCAUAAGUGUCUGAGACUUUAAGCUUUCAAUAUUAAGUCUACCUCCAAGAAAUGUAAGACCGCUCUUUAUUUUAAUAUUUUUAAAAACACUUUUUAAACUUCUUUUCAGGUCCUAGACGAGAACGACAACGCACCGGAAAUCUCUGUCACUCUCUUUCCAGAUGAAUUCGACGAACAAGGCAAGAUUCCCGAAGAUAUCGCCCUUAAGACGUCUAUUGCUCAGGUAACAGUGCGCGACAAAGACAGCGGGAGCAAUGGUCGCGUGAAAGUCACGCUACAACACCACAAGGAUGACUUUGGUCUGCAGGAAAUGUUCGCUGGGCUAUACAUCCUGCAAAUUCGGCACCCGCUGAGUCUAGACCGCCAUGAUCAGUACAAGAUCAAGAUCGUUGCUGAGGAUCAAGGUUCUCCAAUUUCACAAAACAGUAGUUAUGUGCUCGUUGUCAAGGUGGCUGACAGCAACAGAAACGCUCCAAGGUUCGAUCAAAAGCUUUACAAUGUAGGCGUGAAUGAUGACGUCAAGCCAGGGACCGUCAUCACCACGCUGACGGCGACCGACGAGGAUGACGGGAAUAAUAGUGAGUUGACUUAUAGCCUGGAGGACAUGCGCAUUGGUGAGCGCAGUGGCAGCGUUGAGGAAGUGACAAAAUGGUUUGCUAUCGAUUCUAAAACUGGACAAGUGCGAGUGCUCAGAAAGUUGUGGUGUGCUUUCACUCCUUACUUCCAGUUGAACAUUGGUGUUCGGGAUAACGGCCGGGUGCCUUUUCAUGGUAAAACCACCCUAAAAAUUUCCGUCCCGUGUUCAAAGAACACGUACAACUUUAGUGUAACAGAGAAUGAACCCGAAGGAGUUGAAGUCGGAAGAGUUCCACUCGAGCCUAUCGAAAGCAACAGACCACUUCGUAUAAGACUACUCACGCAUACUGCGGAAUUUGCUAUAGGUGAGAACAAGAGUACAAUAACGACAAAAAGAACGCUCGACCGUGAGAGAAACAGCUCUUAUUCCUUAAUUGCUGUUAUAACUGAUGGAAGAGUCGCCAUGAAUGUUACCAUUUUUGUUAAGGUGGAGGAUAUCAAUGACAAUGCUCCCAUUUUCGUUGGUUUGGAAAACAGUCAUAAUAUGACAUUAUCCGGUGCACUUUUCAUUGGGGAAACUGUACUGAGGCUUCGAGCGACUGACAGAGAUUCUGGAGCUAACGGUCUUGUUAAAUACUUCAUCGUUAGUGGCAAUAAGGAUCGAGUAUUCCAUUUGAACAGGCGCACUGGAAAGAUUACGCUUAACAAGGAGCUCAGUAAAAAAUUGUACAUUUUAACCAUUAGAGCAGCAGAUUCGGCAGACGUUGAGAACGAAGCUUAUCUGAGGUUGAUAAUUUCGGUCAGAUACAUAACUCCUCCACCGCCACCUCCAAGUUUUCCUGGAGACGGGUCUAUCAACGAUGAUGGCGAGGUAGAAUCGCGGACCGGAAUUGCAGGGUUCUUUUCGGAUUCUAAGAUGCUCAUUAUUGUCGGAGCCUGUGCUGGUUUUGUGAUCCUUUCAAUUCUUCUUGUCGCGGUUUUCAUCUUGAAGUUCAGGCGUAAGGAUAAAAAGCGAGAAGAUAAGCGUGGUAGCUACCACGAACCGGAUAUAAGUCGGGAAGAUGCUCUGAAAGCUUCCAAGAAAAUGUUCCAACAAGCGACCACAAAUCCUGGUCAAGCCGCCGAAGCUUACUUGUACGCCUCACGAAAGCACCCGAUUCACGUGUCGCCAAUCCCGAUAAAGAAGAUGCACUCAGCAAUGACAUAUCAAGCUCCACCGGGGCCAGUUUCCCCCACAAAAGACUCGCGGCAAGACAUGUAUUACCCGUUUGCGCAGGGUGUAGCCGAGUGCCACAGUAGCGAGGACGAAGCAGACAGUGGGCGUGGUGGGAGCUCUCAUGAGUCCACUCCUUAUUACCCUCACAGUCCCCCAUCCAAAAAGAGAGAAGACGAUUUUAGACCUUCGCAGCAGCAUCAUCAUCACCCUCACCGGGCCCGUAGCCCUGGUAUGCCACCUCCUCCUCCACCAUACGAGGAAGUUCAAAGGAAGAGAGCCUACGUAAGCAUUUCUGGUAUCACGCAUUCCACAACAGAGCUGUAAUAUUGUGGAAGGUAUUGAUACGAACUGAACUAUGUCCUUUAGUAAAAGGCAAAUCACAGAAUCGCAAGCAACUCUUUUAAGGGAUCUUUCGACAUUUCACAUAGUGUCUUUAUUAUUGUCCUCGGGGGAAAGGUGAGGGGAGGGGAGGGGGUAAAGCGAGUCGGGUGUAGAUGCUACGUCAAGAUUUCCCAUUAUUACAACUCGGGUACCUUUUGGUCUUUGUUUUCAGUCCUUCGCUGGUUGUAGGGUUUUGCCUUAAAAGGGCCAGGUGUUUUAUCCAUUCAGUUACCGUUGCAAUUCUUUACCCCCACAGGUCAUUUAAGAGUCCUUACGUCCAUAAAUUUCUUCUCUUUCCUUUCCUAUAGACAUAUUUUAUCGCGUCGGUCUGUCCUUCUUUCCCCUUAGUACAGUAACAAAGACUGUGAAACACUCGAAACCCGCUUAAAAUUGUAUAUUCACGUUGAUAUUCGUGAUCAAACGAUUUAAAUUAAUGAAAAUGCGAAAUUGGCCCGCCUGCCGCCUACCACCCGAUACAUUUUGUACAAUGAUAGAAUAUUUAUAGAGAACAGGACAGUUCUGCAUCUUUCGAACAAUGGAUACUCGUUGCGUUAUCUCAAAAUUAAGACUCUCUUAAACUUUAGAGGUCUAAUGAGACAAUAUUUAUAAGCUACGAACGAUAAUGUUCAAACGUUGGUUAUCUUGGUGCGCUGAUCAGCAAGGGUGGCGUGAAGAUGUUAAUUUUUAUAUAACACGAAUAUGAUUAGAGUAUUAUACAAUCGUUUUUCUUAAUGUGAAAGGAAAAUUGAUUUUUUUACAAUUCUAAGUAGUGAUUAACUUCAAUAAGAGAAUUAGUCUUAAGAAAGACGUACUUUAAAGUGGCUACAAAGUUUUUGUUGUCUGUUUUUGUAUCCUUUUUUGUUAAAAUUGUAUUCGUUGUGACUGUGAUAGCUGCCAGAAACUUCUUCCUGAUAGAAGGUGGAAAAAGUGUAGAGAAGUUAGCUCCCUGAGUUGACAAGGCUUAGAAAAAGGGAAAAGGAAUUUAUGAGAGAAAGAUUCAGAAACAAAGGAUGCGUCGGUGGGAGUUUAGGGGAGGUACACAUGCUUACCUUGGACAAUUUGUACCGACCCAGGGCAGUCUAGGA